GCAAGCUCCAGCCUUACAUACAUGUUCUAGGCACACACUCUGUUGAAACACACGCAAUAGCGAGCUACUGCUACACUCUAUCCAUGCCGAGCCUAGUCUUUGCACCAUCCACGUUAUCGCUGACGAAGAGUCACAUGCUCUGUUAGCCUCAUCACUUACCUGCCCAUACAGACUUCUGUUUCCAAUAACACUUUCGUAUCAGCGAGCCGCAUAAACAGCUCAGGAUGACCUCGCUGUUCUGGGGCCCGCCGGCCGCCACGGCGGAACUGGACCAGCAAAUCGAAAAGGCUACCUCAAGCUCCCUGGAAGACAUGGUAACGAACAUUGAGAUUAGUGAUGUGAUACGCUCGAAACAAGUGCCUGCCAAAACCGCCGCGCAAUUACUUAAGAAGCGGAUCAGCAACAAGAACCCAAACAUCCAGUUAAGCGCCUUGAACCUGACAGACACUUGUGUGAAGAACGGCGGUAGCCACUUCCUUCAAGAGGUCGCAAGCCGGGACUUCCUCGAUAACCUUGUCAGCUUGGUCCGCUAUGAUGCUGGUGGUAUGGGAGACCGAGAUGUCAAACAGAAGAUCUUGGAGCUGAUCCAGACGUGGGAGGGUGCUGCGCAAGGGAAGGAGAGCUUGAGCUACAUCUCCGAAGUAUACCGCACGUUACAGCAUGAAGGCUUCAACUUCCCGCCGCGAGAAGAGAUCGCAAGCAGCAUGUUUGACAGCACUGCGCCACCUGAGUGGACAGAUAGCGAUGUGUGCAUGCGGUGUCGGGAAAAGUUUACUCUCACGAAUCGAAAGCAUCACUGCAGGAAUUGUGGUGGCAUCUUCGACCAGAACUGUUCGAGUAAGAGCCUGCCGCUACCGCACCUUGGCAUUAUGACGCCUGUAAGGGUGGAUGAUGGCUGUUACGCAAAGCUGGUCGCGAAAUCUGGAGGCACUCCCGGGCCGCAAAGUCCCGCUGGUGGAGUGAAAAGAACGCUGUGGCAGGACAGCACGAUGAGCCGAGAGUCGUCACGCAUGCAGCCGCGAGGUGCACGAGUGACCGAAGACAGCUUUGAUGCGGACCUGAAGAAAGCUCUAGAGAUGAGCCUGGAGGACAGCAAAGGUCAUGCGGGUGCGGGCUAUGUGCCGCAAAGCGCGAUGCUGAAGUUCAAGCCGCAGACGAACGGCACGAGCAAGCCGCCUGCAAAGGCGGCCGUGGAGGAGGAGGUCGAGGAGGAGGAUGCCGACUUGAAGGCGGCGAUUGCGGCGAGCCUGCAAGAUAUGGAGGCGCAGAAGACGCGACACGCCAAGGAGCUGAAAGCGCAAGCUUCGUCAGGCACAGCGCCCGCGCCUUCUCAAUAUCGGCCGAACAACCAAUUCGAGCUGACACCGGUGGAGGCAGAGAACAUUAACCUCUUUGCGACGCUGGUCGACCGAUUGCAGCAUCAGCCACCUGGCACAAUCUUGCGAGAACCGCAGAUCCAGGAGCUGUACGAAAGCAUCGGCACACUUCGACCCAAGCUGGCACGAACGUAUGGCGAGACAAUGAGCAAGCACGACACGCUGCUCGAUCUUCAUUCCAAGCUAUCGACGGUUGUACGUUACUACGACCGCAUGUUGGAGGAGCGCAUGGCCAGCGCAUACACCUCGAGCAGGUACGGGCAACCGCAGCGAUCGAGCAUGUACCCAAGCAUACCAUCAGCACAAAACGUGCAAGCUCCUGACGGGAUGGAGAGCUAUUAUACCGGCAAUGCGCCCCAGAUGGACGGGUACGGCCAGCAGAAUGCAGGCUAUGCAAGCUAUGCAUCCCAACAGCAGGCUCCUGCGCCUUAUGCGUCGUAUGAAAAGCAGAGGCUCACGGACUACGGACCGCCGCCACCGGAAGCAAAUUACUACUCGCAACAACCACUACCUUCUCAGACCCCGUAUAUGCCGCAAGCACAAUCAUAUCCACAAUCGCAGCCUACACCCUACCCAUCCCAACAGCCAGCGCCACAUUUAGAAAGCCAUCAGCAAACUGGCAUGCUUCAUGACCCGUCACAUCAAGCUUACCCGCAACCAUCUCCUCAAUAUGCACCAAGCCACGGCUCGCAGUCCUCCAACCCAGCAAUCUCCCCUCCUACUGCGGACGCCGCAGCGAAUUUCUACUACAACGAACAGCAGCAGCAGCAGCAGCAGCAGCAGCAGCAAUCGUCUCAAGCCCCGGCGCCUCAAGCUCAGCAACAGCCGCCUAGUCCCGAGCUGUAUCAUCAACCCCCGCCUGUGCAGCAACAGAACCAACCUCCUGCGCCUCAACAGCAGUAUACCCAGUCCUCACAGCCUACUCCACAGCAGCAGUAUCAGGCCCCAGCCUCUGCUCAGCCGCCACUACAACGACAAGCAAGCCAUCAUCAAUACUACCAGCCGCAACCGCAGCAGCAACAGCAAGCAGCUGCACCAGUGCAGCAAUGGCCACAGGCGCCUGUUGCGGGGGCCGGAUACGGUCAGGAAGCGUUCCCGGCUGCGCCGCAGCACAUGCCCGUCGCUGCGAAGGAGGAAAGCCUGAUCGAGCUAUAGCAGUACUUGGACGAGCAUAGCGACUAGGUGGCAGGAUGGUCAUAAAUAAGCAGAAUAAGUUCCGAUAGCUAUAUACCCUUGACUCAUCUCUGCCAGAAAUGAGGUGUGAGCCUUACCGUGUACGAAGAAGCGCGGCUUGAUGAGUGCUUUUGGCUUGGUCUUUCUCCCAAACUUCGCUUGCGCUCAAUUUCGUAGGGUCGCUAUUACUUACACCUGACUACAGCUCGUCACCAGUACACGGUUCCCAGUAGUGCUCCUGGUAGCUGAUUGUACGUGUCGUCGUCGUCGUCGUCCUAGAUAAGAAGAAUGCUACCGCCAGAACAAGAACUAUGCCGAUCAGAAAGACCACUAUCAUGCAGAUGCGAAGACGCCGGCCCC